AUGCUCUUCGCCACCCGUCAACUUCAGGAGAAGUGCCAUGAGAUGCGGACUGACCUGUACUCUACCUUCUUGGACCUGACGAAAGCCUUCGACACGGUGAAUCGUGAAGGACUGUGGAAGAUCAUGCAAAAAUUCGGCUGUCCGGAGCGAUUCACUCGGAUGGUGCGUCAGCUGCACGACGGUAUGAUGGCGCGAGUCACGGACAACGGAGCUGUCUCAGAGGUAUUCGCAGUGACCAACGGAAGGAAGCAGCGAUGCGUGCUGGCGCCUACCCUCUUCAGUCUUAUGUUCUUUGCCAUGCUGAUGGACGCCUACCGCGACGAACGCCCCGGGAUCCGCAUCGUCUACAGGACGGACGGUCACCUUCUGAAUCAACGUCGGAUGCACUUCCAAUCGCGCGUAUCCACAACCACCGUUCACAAACUUCUCUUCGCCGACGACUGCGUCCUGAACACCACUUCGGAAGAUGAGAUGCAACGGAGCAUGGAUCUGUUCUCCGCCGCCCGCGAGAACUUCGGUCUGGUUAUCAACAAGCAGAAGACGGUGAUCAUGCAUCAACCGCCACCCAACACCGCCACUCCUACCAACGCACCGCCACCGCAAAUCAGCGUGCACGGAACCCAACUGCAAGUGGUGGAGAACUUCCCGUAUCUGGGCAGUACCCCCUCCCGCAACAUCAAGAUCGAUGACGAAGUCGCCAACAGGAUCUCGAAAGCCAGUCAAGCCUUCGGCCGCCUUCAAAGCACACUUUGGAAUCGUCAUGGUCUCUAA